AUGGAUGAAGCUGGCCGGUCGCGUGUGUCCGAACGAACAGUCAGCCGCGAUGGACUUGAAAUCUCGGAACGACUAAUCGACGGGGUACCAAUGGACGAGAACAACGCCGAUCACCAGAAGGUUCUGCAAGACUACCUCGAAAUCAUCCAACGCAUACGGGUGCGUGAUACCACAGAAGGUUAUGAUUUCAACCGGGUGAGGGAUCGACGCCGUGCCGGAGACCCUAUUCACUACGUCUACAUCGAUGACUUCUGGUUUGAAGACUUGCCGGCUGACAUGAAGGCUGCGUGGAGGAAAGCAGAAGCAGAUCUCAACGAAGAACAAGCUACUGCUUGGCAAUGGGCACACCUCACUGGCGCCGAGCGAGCAGCAGCCAGAGACGCCGAGAUCCUGGAGCGAAGGCUGCGCAAAGCAGCGGAGCAAGCUCAGUCGAACCGCUACCAAGACGGCCAUGUGCCAGGGAAACGGUAUCAAGAACAUGCUAUCGACAGAGAAGUACGAGACCCUGUCCUUGAUCUGCCAAUCCUGGAGCAGAUACGGGUCAGACAGAGAAUGAGCGGUACGGCCGCCGACCACCAGCUUCUUGGGGAGCAGCUGCAAGCGAGAGAAAACGCACGGGCAGCCCGCCACGUACUAAUGGAUAAUGCAGCGCACACUGCUGCCCGUCGCGCAAUGGAGUGGGAGCGCAUAAACGAGGAGAUCAGACGGCGCCCUGCCAUCGUGGAGGAAGUAGCCGCCGAUCCACUCCUCUUGACCUGGAAUUGGACCGCUGCCUUCAUCAGAAGAACGUGGGCCUCCACGCCGUUGUCCUUCCAGGUCAUCUUUACGGUGAUCUUCCUCGUCUUCACCUGGUCUACGCUAGCAUACAGCUACCGCUUCGUCUUCGGGCUCGCCUUCUAUAUCGGCAGCUAUACCAGCACGUCGCUGGGCAACGACCUCGGGGCGCUCAUGGCGUGCGAGCGGGUUACGAAGUAUGACCGGCCACGGCUCGGGGACUUGGCUGAGAGCGCCCAGCGCUGGUUCCUAUUGCAGAAGUGUCUUGGGACGAAAGCUGGGUUUAGGAGGCAGGGGACCCUUUCGGAGAGUGGGUGGCUGGUGGUGGAUUUUCUGGCUGAUCCGAUAGGAAAUAGCCCUCUUUUGUCUUUGAUCAUAUAUGCGAUCUGCUUUUUUUGGGUCUCACCGUGGGUCUCGAACAAGGUUCUCCGUCUUCACCGGUACAUGACCCAUGCAGAAGCUCCAUUUUGGGCCAAGGUGCUCUGGAUCGUCGUCGUAAGUUCUAUUGCUGGACUUGUUGCCUGCAACGAUGUCGGUGGGGCCUUGAGCUCGCUCUUGCUCUCCUUAACCGUGGGCUUGACAGCAGCAGUCUUCAUCAACGUACUUCUUGCAAGGCUCGAGUCGGUCUGGGAGGCCGCGUGGAGCAGCCUUCCCCUGCGCCCGAUCCUCGCGCUAUACCAGCUCUCCCUUAGGUCGGGCUGCCACUGCUGUCACUACCACUGCUGGGAGAUCAUCAAGAAUAACGAUGAGAAGGCUUUGGGCGAGCACGAGCACGAGCACGACGACGAGGAGGAGAAAGCCGCGAGGGUGUUGAAGGCGCACAGCGAGAACGGAGCGGAGGGAUUCUGCAGGGAGGAAGAGGAGGAGGAGAUAAGCGAGAGGGGAAACAGGGGCAGUUUACAAACACCGUCCAACCAUCGUCAGCAGCAGCUCAGAACGGACCUGGGCUUGGUGUCUAGUGGCCUCGGAGCUUGUCCCUUCUGCCGUGAGAAACUUCCCGGCAGUUGGAAGUCUGUGUUGCGGAUCGGUUCGCAAGCGUGCCCCGUGCCAGCUAGAAUCUCAUCCGAGAUGUCGAAUUUAUCAAUGUUCCUCGUCGAUAUAUUGGGGGACAUGAUCUUCCUCCCGCUGACGAAGCGCCUGUUUUGGGUCGUGCCUGGCGUACCUACCGUUCUGGGAUAUCUACUGUUCAAUGUCAUUUCUACAAUUCUCGGUAUGAGCGCGGUGAUGGUCCUGGGCUACUUUCUCUUUCCCGCCGUCGACGAUGGGGUCGACCUGAUGCGGGAUGUAUUUUGGCUGAGGGGCUCAGAGACAUGGGAGAGGUUCAAGAGGUCGGCGCACAUCGUUGCACGACACCUGUUGUUGUCCAGGUGUGUGCAUAUGGAGACGGGGUGUGACUGCUUCAGACACCUUAUGCCGUUGGCUGAGCUCGAACGGCUCAUCGACGAAGCGCCGGCACGAGAACCCGAGAGGGAACUCGAGGCCGCGUUGACAACGAUCAACGACACGCGGACCGCCAACACGGUCCUGACCGCGGAGCGGGACGCCUGGGAACGGAGGGCCAGGGAUGCGGAGGACCAGCGCCGGGUGUGUAUCUUGGAGCACCAGAACUACGGGCGUUACCAGGAGGCCAACGCGCACUACCGACAGCGCAAUUCGGGGCUGAUUCGGGAGAUGGCCGACCUCCGGCGGCGGUACAACCGGGAGCGGAACGAGAGGGGCCUGGGGCCAAUGUUUGACGAGCAGCCUGAGAACCUGGCCGAGGUGAACGCGGAUCUCCUGCGGCAGAUCAGCGGUCUCCACGAUCAACUGUCGGGCGCCGGCUUGGGAAGGGAACCAAUGUCGGCCGCGGAACGCACCAAUGCGAGGCUUCAUACCGAUGAGCUUGAGCAUAGGAUCACACGAUAUGUGCAGCAGAUCGAGGAGUUGGAGAUGCGCGUCGCCGAGGUCGAGAGGCAGAGAUCUCUGACUGAUGACGAGGAGAAAGCGUCUUUGCGGCAGAGGCUUACCGAUGUCAGGAACGAGUUGCGGGUUGUAAAGAGCGACAUGGUGGAAGAGGAGCUGCGGCGGCGAAAAGCAGAAGGAGAACUGGCGAGGCUACGAGAUAAUGUGGAAGCUGGAGGCGGCGACAUGGACUCAGAUCCCCCGCGGCGAUGCGACAGAUGUAACACGUUCCGCAAAGACAGGAACGAGCAGCGAGAGAUAGUGACGGAAUUGCGAGCACAGCUUGCUGCCGCUGUACAAAAGACGAUCGACGACACGGCAAUCCUCAGGACAGCAGUAGAGCGUCUGAGACGUGCUUCUAGAGAUGUCGACGGAUUGCCAGGCAGUGAAGAGUCAGGUUUAGGUGACAAAGGAAGUCCCAGUACCGGGAGAGAAGGGAUCCAGCUGCGAAGGGGACGGCGUAAGAAUGCGCCCGAGCCAACAGUGACCAAGGACAAGGAUUCCAUGGCUCCGGGACCACCACGCACUUCCAGGUCUCCAUCGGUAGCAUCGCCAACGGAGAGCGAGAAGUCCUCUGGCACCAGCCCUGUGAUAUCAGAGAACCCGAUUUUCUGGCGGAUAGCAGAUAGAAAAUGUAUAGAGAUGUUCAGGCGGAUCCAGGGCUAUCAAAAGGGCCUAAUCAAGCACGGCAUCGACCUAAGCAAGUCCCAACAGGGCGGCAAGAAUUUGGAACUGACGGUAGAGACAAUUGACAGCCUCCGGCCGAGUGAGGCCGAGGCAGCGUUGACUGAAUUCCCUAUCCUCAAAAAGCAAAGAGCCACUUUGAGGGCUCAGCUACAGGCCCUGGAAGCCGUGUGGGCGGCUGGCCAACGAUGGCCAAAGAGAGCAAGGUUGGGCCAUGGCAGAAUUCGCAAUAUAACCCAUAGGUCCGAGUACUGA